GGUUUAAGAUAUCGGGUAGAUGAGAUUUUCACGUCAGCCGGUUGCAGCCGGCAACAGUACUGUCAGUCGGAAUAUAGAUAUACGAUAAACGGCCGUGUCUCAUUUCUCGGCACCCUUUUCCCUCCAAAAUAACAGUGGCGACGAUUUAACGGAUUUUACGCGUGUGUUGGUUUUAUUCGGUGUUAAUCAUGGCUAAAAUGUCAGUUGGAUUUUUGAGUGUGUUCAAUCACGAAGAACAGGAGUGGUUAUUAUAUAAGGGCCGCCUUGAACAAUGGUUUAUAGCAAAUGACAUAAGCGAGGACACGGACAAAUCGGGCGCAAAACGUCGGGCUAUUUUAUUAAGUAGUUUAGCAGAGCCGACGUACCGACUCGUAAAAAAUCUCGCGCUCCCUGCCGAGGUGGGAUCGCUCGAGUUAGCAAAGUUAACGGGCCUUCUCGACGGCCAUUUUAAAACUGGAAAGUGCGGGUUCGCGGAACGUUUUAAAUUUUACGCGGCCGUGCAAUCUUCGAGCGAGUCGUUAGCGGAUUGGGCGGCGCGAGUUCGUGGUUUAUCAUUGCAUUGCAACUUCGUGGCGGCAAGUUUAGAGGAGUCGCUGCGAGAUCGGUUCGUGCUGGGCAUGGCUGGAGGCCCAGAGCGGGACCGGUUAUUCAGAGAACCUCUGGAGGAGCUCACACUAGCGAAGGCACUGCAGUUAGCGGAGAGCAUCCGCUGCGCAAGAGAAGGUGCGCAGCAGACGAUGGUGCGCGACGCAGCGGAUGUGCACAAGGUGUCGGCGCGGGCGGCCGGCCCGCCGCAGCACGCCACCACGACCGCGACUAGGCAGAACGGGGUUCCGCAGGCGAGCACCUCGCGGGAUCAAAAGGGUUCUGUACAGUGUUCAGUGUGCGGAUACUUUAACCACGAGGGAAAGAAGUGUAGAUUUAGAAAUGCGUCGUGCAAAUUAUGUGGUGUCAAGGGGCAUUUAAUGCGCGUUUGUACCGCGAAGAAUGUGCCAUCUAAUCACCAUUUCCUACAAUGUUGCACGGAUGAAGCCGAUGAUGUGUUCGCAGAUGCAACAGUACCGUGGCAGUAGGAACAUUAUUUUUAAGCCGAAUGACGUAGUUAUAGUGAAAGUGUACAAGGGACAAAGAGCGUUUUGGUCUAAAGCAUUGGUGAAAAAACAAUUAGGGAGAUCGACGUAUUUGGUUCAAUGUGAACAAUCAGACCGCUUAAUAAAACGACAUAAAAAUCAAAUAUACAUGUAUAGGGGGGAAGAAGAUGCCAUGGGGCAAACUGAACCGGAAAACCAAGAUGUUGGCCGACCGGGGCAAAAACCCUUG